UUUUAUUGAGAUUGGUUAUGUUGAUUUUUAUUGAGUGAAAGUUGAGAGAAUAAAAAGUAUUGAAUGUGUUCCUUGAUACGCUUUUCAAUCAUCUUCUAUCUUCGCUCCAAAACUAUUUUUCCCAAAAUUAUUUCCUCAAAUUAUGAAAUCCUUCAAAUUUCCCCAUUUCUAUCAAAUACUCCAAAUUUCUAAAUCCCUCAUUUCUCUCAAUCCCCAAAUUUCUCAGAUCCCUCUGCAAUUGUGCUCAAACUCAUGUUGUUGAUUUGGAUUAUUAUACCAACACUUAGGGGUUCAACCAUGGCAAACACUAAAAACGUCCUUCGUUUUUUCAUCAUUUUCCAAUAUAUUCCAAGGUUGUUUAUGAUUCUUCCACUUUCAUCACAAAUUGUAAAAGCUACAGGAGUUGUCACAGAAACAGCAUGGGCAGGUGCUGCUUACAACCUCAUGCUUUACAUGUUGGCCAGCCAUAUUUUAGGAGCUUGCUGGUACCUUCUAUCAAUUGAACGUCAAGAAGCAUGUUGGAGAAAUGUUUGCAAAAUGGAGAAAUCGUAUUGUGAAUAUGGAUUCUUUGAUUGCCACAGGGUUAAAGAAGCCCUCAGGGUCACCUGGUUUUUAGCUAAUAAUAUCACAAAUUUAUGUUCACCAAAUGCUGACUUUUAUCAGUUUAUAGUAUAUAUGCUGAUGCCAUGACUUCACAAGUUACAUCCUCUCCAUUCUUCAAUAAGUACUUCUUUUGUCUCUGGUGGGGCUUAAGGAAUCUAAGGCAAGUAUUUUGGACCCUUUCUACAUUUAUCUAGUUGUUUUAUGUAAUCAUGUUGAGCAAAAUAUAAUGAUGAAUUCAUGCUUAGAAGCUACAAAUCUUGAUAUCAA